AUGAUACUUGAGUUUUUAAAAUUAUCAGUUGCAAAUAAUGAGCUUCAACCGCAUUUUUGUCCCAAAGAAUUACUUGUUAACCACAGCUUAAACAGCAAGAGAAGCGAAUGGGAUGAUGCCCUAGAUACUGCUAAAUCCUUUAAGAGUUGGAGUACAUGUAUGGACAACAAAGCUUGUAAAAUUAUAGUUAUUGUAUUAAUAGUUAUUGGAAGCAUUAUAGCUAUUUGGAUCAUAGGCUCUUUAUUAAGAAUGCUUAAAUAUGGUGUUUCCGGUAUUUUCGAAUUUUUUUGUUGGUGUUAUCCGAAAAAUUCUCGUAAUAGUGGUAUAAACAAUGACCAAAUGUACCCUAUGAUGUAUAAUCAACAACCCCAACAAAAUUUACCCGUUCCUCCAACCGUUAUCUAUCAGCCUAUCAAAGAACCUCAUGCUAGUUAUUCACCGGUAAGAGGAACAAGUGCAGGGCAUCAAACCCCAACUUACUAUGAUGAAUAUGGCGAUGAGUUUGAAAACCACGCAGAUAUAAAUGGUUAUAAUGAUGAUACUACUAAUAACCCAAGUGGUAAAGAUGUACUACUACAAGAUUCAUCACCAAGGAAAAGACCUUUAAAUAAAAAAAAGAGGAAAAAGAAAGCUAACAUGGACAAUACAGUUUCACCUAAUCAAAACGUAUCGGAUGGCUACUACCCACAGCCUUUCACCGAUCAAGAUGAUUGGAUCAACCCUAAUCAUAAGAAACGUGUGGUUAGUGAUGAAAAUUCAUAUGAGGUUGUAGACGAUACAACAAGUACUAUAAAUUUACCACAAGUUAGAGUAUUUCAACCUUCAUCUUCGCAUACACAGUCUCCAUAUGGUGUUACAACAGGGAAUAAUAACAAUAGUAAUAGAACACUGGGCGUUUUAGAUGAAAAUCAUGAAGUUGGUAUGUUCGACUACAGAGGUGGUAGUAAUAAUGUUGACCAACAAAGAGAUAGAAGAAAUAAUAAUCACCAUGUUUCCAAUUAUGAUUUGCAAGAUGAUGAUGACGAUGACGACGAUAUUGUCGUUUAUCCUGAUUUUAACCAAAAUGGUAAUCAUCUUGCUAAUGCCAGAAAUAGCACUAACAAUAGCAACGGACAAAAUACGUAUCCGGAUUUUUAUAGGCACGGUGCUUAUUAA